AAACCCGGGGGAACUUUUGAAUUUCAUUUCCUGUUUGAGCAGCGUGGAGAGCUCACCACCACAGCUGACCAUGGCUGCCCAGGUACGCAAACGUGCUCCAGCGUUUAGCACACAGGAGACACUGGAUCUGAUUGCCAUGUGGGGCGAAGAGCAUGGGGAGGCAGAUAUCUUUGCCAAAAUCGCACGGCGCAUGGGGGAAAAAGGCUACACCAGGGACGCACAGCAGUGCCGGGUGAAAAUAAGGGCGCUCAGGCAAGCGUACCAGAAGACAAGGAUGGCGAAUAGUCGCCCCGGUGCUGAGCCACAGACAUGCCGCUUCUAUGAGCAGCUGCAUGCGAUUCUAGACAGGGACUCCAUCAGUUUCCCAAUAUUGGUCGUGGAUAGCUCCUGUGGCGUCACGUAUGUGGAGUGCUUUGUUGAUGAGGACAGUCUUGAUGAGGAAGAGGAAGAGGAGGAGAAUGUGCAGCAGUCAAGCGGAGGAUCCACUCCCCCCAAAAACCAGGACCUUUUCCUAACUCUGGAGCCAAUCCCCUCCCAGGACCCACUGGUGCAGGACUGUGAUGGCGGGGAAGGCACCUCUGCUGCAGCAUUGUCUCUGGCGGGUGCUUCCUCCACUCCAGCACAAAGGCUGUCCCAGAUUAGAAGGCAAAAAAAGCGGACAAGGGAAGCUCCAGGUUUUUUGCCGCCCAAAGCAAAAAAAAAAUUGACCCUGCCCCCCGCCCCACCCUAUGCUUCUUCGGUUGAAUGCAUGGAGGCUUACAGGGUCAGAGAACAUGAAAGCAUGCAGGGAACAAGCGUGUAACAUGCAAGAGGCAAUGUUGUGGCUUACGCAGGAGCAAAAGAGCUGCUGAGGAGUCCGGUUGAGAUGCAGGAAAGGCAGCUGGACCUUAGUGUCCCGCUGCACCCAGUGAUGAACCAGCUGCCCUCCGCCUCAAGUUCCAGACCCUCCUCCCCCGGACGUCCUAGAAUGCGGUGGGGGUGGAAGCUCCGUUAUCCCUUGAACUCAACUCCAGGGGAUGGUUCAUGGAGCAGAGAGCUCUCAUUCCCACAGCUCUGAUUGCUAGACAGUGCAAUGGUAAUAAGUGACGUGUCCUGGCCCCUUC